AUGGAUUACAUGAACCUGGGUAUCACAUCCAGGAAGACUGGUCUUCGUGUGAAGCAGAGCAUCAGGCGGGAUGAACACAGUAUGGAGAACGUCGAUGAUUUCUUCGCCGAGGAUGAUGAGAGCACGGUCAGCUCGCGCAGACAGAGUAGGAGGACGUCGCUGUUGAGCGACCUGAAACCGCAUCUUUCCGGGGCUGGCGCGGCGCAUUUGUUCCUGGAUGAAGACGGCUUUCGGAUACCCUCUUCGGCGCCGCAGCCGCGGAAACAGGCCGCGUGGAGCCAGAGGCGCCAAACGGAGACAGAGCUCGACGAGUACCCCCCCUUGGACCCCGGGCUGCCGCCGAUCGAAGAUGCGUUUGAGGAAGAACCGGUGGCUGCCGGUAAGUACACAGGGAACGGCACGCCGCCGUACGGUACCAAGUACGCGACCAGGUACGACAUCCCGCGCGAGGAAGACUCAGAUGUAGAGGAGUCGACAAUCAGACUGACGCCCACGAAGCCAACUGACGACGACUAUCGGGACGUCCCAGGCCUGGUGGACGAUAAUGAGACGACCAGGGACAACACCUCCUUCAACACCUCCGAGCAUGCGCUGCUAGAAGAUGAGAUGGAGGAUGAUUAUGAGGUCGACAGCGCAGAUGAGGAAGAUGGCGAGUACGUAGAUGCGGUCUCCAGGGCGGAGGACAGCAGUGCAAGUGAACACGAUGACUCCGACGAUUCUUCUGCUUCGGAUGCAGAUGACGCGGGGUUGAGCAGACAGAACCAGCGCAGCAAGAACGGCUACAUGGGCGAUUCAGAUUCAGAGGUGCUAGAUUCCGACGAAGAGUAUAUACAACAGCAGGCGAAACAGCUGCUACCCAGCGGGUUAGACGGCGGAAGGAGCACGGGCAUCAGAAGAUCUAAGCGUGUACGAGUGCCACCACUCGACUACUGGCGCAAUGAAAAGGUUGUUUACAAGAGAAAGUCAGAUAAACCAGUCUUAGAAAUUGACAAAAUCAUAACUUAUGACCAGGAGGAAGAGGAGGACGAGGAGGAGGUGCGACCCAAGAAAAAGAAUCCCAAGACCAAGGCUCGGCCGUACAACUAUAUACCGACUGGGCGGCCGAGAGGAAGGCCUCGCAAAAACGCACCGCAGCCUGCCACGAAUAAUAAUGAGCCAAAUAGAGACCUCCUGCUGAAGCUCGAAAAUGGGGAAAUCUCCAAUGGAGAAUGGCUCAAGCACGGUAUUCUAAAGGGCACCGUAAAUAUCUCUGCAGACAAGAAGGGGAAUGAGAUCGUUGCAUUCGCGCCAGGACUCUCACAGUCCGAGCAGGUCCAGGAAUCGGAAGACGAGAAGUUUACUCUUGCAGUAAUGUUUGACAAAUACAGGGAGAUGUUUGCUAGUGGCAUGUUGAUACUCCCAGUCGAUGGCAUGAAAAGCGUGAGUGAUUCAUACAAUGCAUUCAUUACGUUUUACGUUGUCCAAGGAAUUGUUGAAGUCACGUUAUCGGAAAAUAAGUUUAUCUGUACAGAAGGUUCUUCGUUCCAGGUUCCAGCUUUCAACACUUACGCUUUCCAGAAUGCCGGCCAUAAUGAAGCAAAACUAUUUUUUGUUCAGGUUACUGUACCUGAAAACUUUGAUGGUAGCAAUGGGGCUGCCGUGGAUCUGCAGGAGACUUCCUCUAGAAGAACCACUGGCCACAGUCUAUCGUCUAGUGACAUGAGUUUAACUACUCCAUAG